AUGAGUUUCCUCAAAGGCAUCAAGGACACCGUCUCGUCUGCGGCUGGUCAGAUUGGUGACGUUUUGGAACAAGCCGAGCAUAAAGCAGAAGAAAGUGCCAAAUGGGUAGCGGACAGUGCCAAAGGUGCCUACGAUGCCACCGCUGAAAAAACUGCCGAGAGUGCUUCUUGGAUGGCCGACACAGCUAAGGGAGCUUACGAUACUACCACAGGAAAAGUUUCAGAG